UUUCCGUCGUGCCCCUUUCACCGCCUCUGGAGUAUAAUCGGGAUGUGCCGUGGCUCCAGCACACCUCCCAUCGGCACGGUCGGGGGCGAAUUCACCUCCAGAAGGGUCACCUUCCUGUGCGAGUAACUGCGUACAUGAAGGGCUCCCCGAGUGGGCUGAAGCAGGUGUGGCUUGGAGCAUGGCGCCUCGUAGCCGAUGCAUCGGCGGAGUCGAGAUGAUGACCAUCGGGGUCCGCUCGGAGCCCCGCCUUGGGGGGCCCCGCGGGGGACGAAUUCGCGCUGCCAAGGGCAGGGGGGGGGAGGCGGGCUGUUGCCGCCUCCCCGCCCCAUCCCUCCGUGAAGAGGCGCCGGCCGCGCGCUCGUGGCGCGGCCCGCGCGGGGCGCGAGGAGAGGGAGAGGCUCCGGCGUCGCCGGCUGGGGCGGGAGGCGCGGUGGGCCCAGACGAGGAGGAGGAGCGUCGGACCUCUGGGGGCGAAGGCGGCCCCGGGCUGGCGGCCGGGCCGACCUCACGGCUCGAGCUGCCCCUCGGCCCGCAGGAACCCGCCGCGCUCGGCCGCGCGCCCCCGGCUCGCCAGCAGGGCCUCCCUGGCCGCGGCGGCGAGCAGCCCCGGGUCCU